AUGAGCAGACAACAAUGGGUGAAAGGUCCAAUUUGUGGAACGGACAACUGCCGUUCUAAGUAUUAUCGGAAUCAAGAUGGGUUGUCGAUUUGUCAGUUUGGUCAUGUUCUUGAAGGUGCUAUUGAGUUCAAUGAUGAUCAAGAUGUAGCUGUAGUCAGUACCAGGAGGUUAAAUACAGUAGCAGUUGACGAACGAGGUCUUUUGGCAAGUCAGUCGAGUCAAAGAUAUUCCCAGGGUAGGAGAAAAAGGGAAAGAGCGGUUGGGUCUGAGGCGAUACCGAUAUAUUUCCGUUGUUUACAGAUCUUGUUGAAACAUGAGUUAAACGCGAUAAUUGAAUUGUUUUUUAGUGAGAGUAUACGACACGACUUGACGUUGAUUGUGAAGACCAAUUGGUCCAAGGCUUUGAACCGAUUUUACAAGGUGGAAGAAAAUGCAACAGAACAUGAUGAGAAUGCGAAUGCGAAUGCGAAUAAGAAUCACAGUGGACACUUCAAAAAAGAGAGUCUAGAUAUCUUGGAUCUCAUUUGCAUCAUUUAUAUUUCAAGCUUGUAUUUGCAGGCCUACCCGAUGUAUUUGAGUGAUAUAAUGGAGAGUAUGAAACUGGACAAGAUACCAUUUUUCAAAACUUACCAUUUAUUACCUAAAGAAGACUUGGAUCAGUUGCAUGGAUCAUAUCAUGGACGUUUACAAGCACAUGAAAUGCCCCAAGAUGGUCAGAUAUACCGACGACUUUUCCAGUUGAAUGCUGUGCUUUUUGAGGAGGAGAAGAAGAAGAAGAAGGAGGAGGAGGAGGAGGAGGAGGAGGAGGAGGAGGAGGAGGAGGAAGGGUGUUUAGCGGUCCCUGUAAGCUAUUAUUUUCCCUUCAUAUUCAAGACAUUGUCCAAGACAUUGAAUUUGCCCAAUGCGCCAGAGGUGUUUAUUCUCAUUUACAAUUACUUAGAAUUGAUUAAAAUUAACCAGUUUGAAAUCAAAUCUAGGCUCAAAACUGUAAAGAGAUUACUUGAUAGUUUUCCAGAAGUUCACAUUGUGGUAGUCAUUAUAUUUGUGCUAAAGUUGAAUCUUCGAUAUGGUAAGCAAUUGUUUGUGUCAACUAAAAAUAAAAGUGAUGACAAUUAUUUGUUCACUAUGCCACCCGACAAAAUCAAUGAAUAUUGCGAUUGGAUUUACCAACACUUGGUACCUGACAAGUAUACUAAUGAGAAGAAUGAAAUCUCGGUGAUGGAAAAGAGAUUAUUUCAAAUUUUUGAUUUUAAAGAUUCUGCUGAGACUUGUAAUCUAGAUAUAGCUGGAUCAGAACAAAAGGUUGUGGCAAACUCGUCGCAUGUUGAAUAUGUAACAGAUACAAACGAAAUUGACGAAAUCUUGUUUCAACAAUUAGCUCCUAUGAUUAAUCUUUCAGUUGAUCAUUUGAAGGAACUUUACAAGUCAAUUAGUCAAGCUCACCACCUUAAAGCGCCAAUAAAUUAA